AUGAUUUCCACGAGGGUCAUGGACAUCAAGCUUCGGGAGUCUGCAGAAGGCCUCGGGGAGGACAGCACAGGAAAGAAGAAAUCUAAAUUCAAAACUUUCAAGAAGUUCUUUGGGAAGAAGAAGAGAAAGGAAUCGCCUUCGUCCACGGGGAACAGCACCUGGAAGCAGAACCCGGCCAAGAGCGAGGUCAUUGCCAUCGAGUCAGGGCCAGUGGGCUAUGACUCAGAGGAUGAACUUGAGGAGUCCAGGGGCACACUGGGCAGCCGGGCCCUCUCGCACGACAGUAUUUUUAUUCCUGAGUCGGGACAAGACCCUGCUCGGCCGGUGCGGGUAUUUUCCCAAGAAAAUGUGUGCGACCGGAUUAAAGCCCUCCAGUUAAAAAUACAAUGUCAUGUGAAAAUGGGGCCUCCACCUCCUCCAGGGGGUCUUCCUACCAAGCGGGCAGAGGAUACCGGCAUGAGCUCCGAGGAUGAUGGGCUACCCCGGAGCCCCCCUGAGAUGUCCCUGCUGCACGACGUGGGUCCCGGCAUGACCAUAAAGGUCUCUUUAGUGUCCUCAUCCCGGCCACAGUCUCCAGAGCACACAAACGAUGCCACCAACUCCUCCCGGACCUCGGAUAGCAGCCUGGCACCUGUGGCUGAUUUCAGCUGCCCUCCAGAACUCUCCUCCUGCCUGGACAACUCUGCAGCCAAGCACAAGCUCCUGGUCAAGCCCCGCAACCAGCGGUCCAGCAAAAUGAGGCGGCUGUCUUCGCGGGCCCAGUCUGAAUCCCUGUGCGAUCUAAUAGGCACCCCAGAAGAGGAAGAAUAUGAUGAGAAGCUUUGGCCUCAAGUCAGCACAGAAGAGAACCCCAGCUCUGGACAAUAUGAUCUGAUGCUGCAUAGAGACCCUGAGCCUCGGGGACUGGUCACCUUGCUGCCACCUGGGGGACCCCGUGCCAGACGUGCCCGCCUACAGCACUGCCCAGCACUCAGUGCUAGCGUUGAGGAUGGGCUCUCCCCUGGGGAUGAUGUCUCAAGCUCCCUAGUGAUCCCGGAAGUCAUUGAGCCUGUGGCAGUCUCAGCCCCAUGCUUGGAGUCCCCAUCUCUGCCAGAAAGCUCCCUGCAUCCUAAUCCAGAAGGACAUGAAGUCCAAAAGGAGCCACCCAUUGCAGGCCCGUGUCCCCUAGUCACGGGCACAGCUGAGGAGGAGGUGUGUGCUUCUGGAGAGAUGGGAAGUCCACCAGCGCCCUGCGUCUCUGAGAGGAAUGUGGCUCCUACCCAGACUGUCACCACCACCAUCACCUUGGAGACACCCUCGGAUCCAGAGGGUCCAGGCCAACGCGUGCAGGAGGAAGAGGGGCCCGCACUGGCAGUGCCAGGACCCAACGGAGCCGCGGGAGAGCCCCCCGCCCUGGCCCCCAGCCCUCCGAUGCCCAAGAGCUGCCUGAAGCACAGGGCGGCGAGCGUGGGCCUGGCCGGGUCCCCGGUGCAGGGCGCAGGGCAGUCACCCCCGCGGGAGCGCAGCCCGGGUGCCCCGGACGCAGAGGCCCCGCGCCCAGCCCGAGCCAAGGCUGAGCGGGCGGAGCCCUCCCAGGGGGCCCCCGAGAGGGCAGCGCCGGGGCGGAAAAGCGGGAGAGGUGGCGGGGAGCUGCGCAGCGUGAAGAAGUUCUCGGUGUCCUCGAGCAGGGCGCGGUCACGGCCCAGCGCCGCCAGAGCCCCGGAGCCCGCCGGGGUCCCCGGUCCCCGCCUGCCGCUCCUGAGGAGCAGCGGCCUGGCCUGGAAGAGCGAGGCGGCGCUCGAUGACCUCCAGGGGCUCCCUGAGCCCGUCAUCGCAAAACCAGACCCUCCGAAGCCAGCAGAGUGCGACCCUCAGGACUCAGGGGACAUUGUGGGCGGCCAGGCCCGGCCAAGCAGAAGCCCCCAGAAUGCCAAGACCACUCCAAGCGGCGCAGAGGCCGGCCCCGCCGCGCAGGAGCCACCCCCAAGCGAGGACAGAAACCCCUUCCCCGUCAAGCUGCGCUCCACCUCCCUCUCUCUAAAGUACAGAGAGGGCCCUUCCCAGGAGGCAAAAGGUGUCAAGAGGCACAGUGCGGAGGUGCGGUUAGAGAGAGGACUGACUCUGCCCUCCAAAGACGAGCAGGGUCACACGGGGGCCACCCCGGCUCUUCGAGGUGCCAGGUCUCCCACUGGCCAAGGAAAGGGGAAGGCCCGGGCACCUGAGCAGCUCGGCUUCAAGCCACCACUACCCAGGAAGCCACUUCUGCAGAGCUUCACCCUCCCGUACUCCUCUGUGACCCCAGAGGCCAGUCCUGGAGAGCCAGAGAAAGUCACCCCACCUGUGGACUCCAGGAAGGAAAGUAGGAUGGCGGAGAAGAAAUCACAGCACAGGGGAGCAGAAAAGAGUCUGCCGACAGGUCCCGGAGCUGACGGGCAGCCCACACCACCCUGGAUCACCAUGGCCCGGCAGAAGCGGCGAGGGCUCCCAGACCAGCCCCUCAACCAGGAAGACAAGCCUGGGGUGCAGAUCCUGAAACCAGAAACAGGAAAGCAGACCAAGGCAUCCGACAGAGCCCAGGAACCCGUGAAGCAAGCCGACUUUGUCCGCAGCAAGUCUUUCCUGAUGACCCCUGCUAAGCCCACUGUGACCCAGAGGCAGGGGGCAAAGCUCAGUCUCAAGGAGGGUCUGCAACGAGGAAUCUCGCUGUCUCAUCAGAACUUGGCGGCUCAGUCUGCGGUGAUGACGGAGAAGGAGUUGCAUCAGCUGAAGAGAGCCAGUUAUGCUAGUGCAGAUCAGCCUUCCUGGAUGGAACUUGCCAGAAAGAAAUCUCAAGCAUGGAGCGACAUGCCCCAAAUCAUAAAAUAG